AACGGCUCUGCAGUGCGAUCGUCAGUUAUUCCGAGUAGUUCGCCAUAGAUCGUCGCAGAAAACUUGGUUGUUAACGAAGUUUCAAGUGAAAAAGAUGAAAUCCAGUGGUUUAUCGAACUGUGCUGUUAGAGUGAAAGAGGAGCCUAGCGACGAACAAGUGAAAAUAUUUGACGAACGCGAAGACCCGAAACCCAGUAUGAAUUCAUCGGUAGCCAACAAAAUUGACGACGAUUUUCAAUAUCACUUGCGGAUUAUAAAAGACAGCGAUGAUUAUACAACUGGAAACAUAGUUAAAGUAGAACCGGUUGGAGAAGCGAAGGAAGAUACAGAAGAAAAUAGAAGAAUUACAAACACACGCAAGGCUACGGUGGACAAUACUACCCACACGUGUAAAACAUGUGGAAGAACAUUUGCGCAAGCUGGUUAUCUCAGAAUGCACAUCGAUUCGAUGCAUAAUAAAGUCACCUAUAAGUGCCACGUAUGCGGAAAAAAAUUCUCAUGGAAAGGCAAUCUCAAAGUCCACAUCGACAAAGUCCACAACGGUGUCAAACAUACUUGCGACGCGUGCCAAAAGUCAUUCACGGAGAAGCGUCGUCUCAAAAUGCACGUAGCCACGGUGCACGAUGGUUGCGGAAAAAUCGCCAAAGCUAACCUCGAAUCGUCGCAUCGUUGCAGAACCCAUUCGUGCGACGCGUGCGGCAAGUCGUUCGCGCGGAGGAGAUAUCUUUUGACGCACGUCCGUGCGCUGCACUCGGGUAUCGUGCACGCGUGCGACACGUGCGGAAAGAAAUACCCCAGGAGGGAUCAACUCAAGCAUCACGUCGAGGCGGUGCACGAGGGCAUCGCUUACGCUUGUGACGUGUGUCAAAGGAUAUUCAAAAGAAGGGAUCAUCUCAAGAUGCACCUCGACGAGGCGCACAACGGUGUCAAUUACGAAUGCGACGUGUGCGGAGAAAAAUUCAAAAAUAGGUACUAUCUCAAGUGCCACGUGGACGCGGUGCACAAAGGCAUCGCUCACAAUUGCGAUACGUGUGGAAAGACGUUCACAACGAAGAGCUAUCUCCAGAUGCACAUAGUUACGAUUCAUGGCGAUAUUUCGCGAUCGUGCGACGUUUGCGGGAAAAAAUUGAAAAAUACGCCCUACCACAAGUGCCGUAAGUAG